AUGAAACAGAGUUUACAGCAGUAUGAGACCAGAAGAGAGGUAGCAGUAAUUUGGGAUGAUUUACAAAUGGGUUUUCAAUGUUGCGGAGUCGUCGGUCGCGACGACUGGUCGCCUAGCCGGUUGCCCGUGAGCUGCUGUCACAUUGAUUACGGGACCAUUUCCCCCUUCCAAUGCACGGUGUUCAACGUGUACACUACUGGGUGUGCGGCACAACUUGGGGAAUGGUUGGCUUAUAACGCCUUUGCGAUGGGUGUUAUUGGAGCUUUUACUACCAGUUUACAGAUUCUAAUAACAGCCGCAGCAGCGUGGUUAGCGUACAGGUCGAGGUUUGAGGAAGUUGAACUCGAAUCA